UCGAGGGAUCAGGAGCUCAGGUUAUGGGACCAAUGGGACUGCCCCUGCAAGUGCUGACCCUAAACAUAGAAGAUGAGUAUCGGCUACAUGAGACCUCAAAAGAGCCGGAUGUUUCUCUAGGGUCCACCUGGCUUUCUGAUUUUCCCCAGGUCUGGGCGGAAACCGGGGGCAUGGGACUGGCAGUUCGCCAAGCUCCUCUGAUCAUACCUCUGAAGGCAACCUCUACCCCCGUGUCCAUAAAACAAUACCCCAUGUCACAAGAAGCCAGACUGGGGAUCAAGCCCCACAUACAGAGACUGUUGGACCAGGGAAUACUGGUACCCUGCCAGUCCCCCUGGAACACGCCCCUGCUACCCGUUAAGAAACCAGGGACUAAUGAUUAUAGGCCUGUCCAGGAUCUGAGAGAAGUCAACAAGCGGGUGGAAGACAUCCACCCCACCGUGCCCAACCCUUACAACCUCUUGAGCGGGCUCCCACCGUCCCACCAGUGGUACACUGUGCUUGAUUUAAAGGAUGCCUUUUUCUGCCUGAGACUCCACCCCACCAGUCAGCCUCUCUUCGCCUUUGAGUGGAGAGAUCCAGAGAUGGGAAUCUCAGGACAAUUGACCUGGACCAGACUCCCACAGGGUUUCAAAAACAGUCCCACCCUGUUUGAUGAGGCACUGCACAGAGACCUAGCAGACUUCCGGAUCCAGCACCCAGACUUGAUCCUGCUACAGUACGUGGAUGACUUACUGCUGGCCGCCACUUCUGAGCUCGACUGCCAACAAGAGCCUCACCAUGACUGCCUCGAGAUCUUGGCCGAGACACACGGAACCAGACCAGACCUCACGGACCAGCCCCUCCCAGACGCCGACCACACCUGGUAUACAGAUGGAAGCAGCUUCCUGCAAGAGGGACAACGUAGGGCUGGAGCAGCGGUGACCACCGAGACCGAGGUAAUCUGGGCCAAGGCGUUGCCAGCCGGGACAUCCGCCCAGCGAGCUGAACUAAUAGCACUCACCCAGGCCCUAAAGAUGGCAGAAGGUAAGAAGCUAAAUGUUUAUACUGAUAGCCGCUAUGCCUUUGCUACCGCCCAUAUCCAUGGAGAAAUAUAUAGGAGACGUGGGUUGCUCACCUCAGAAGGCAAGGAGAUCAAGAACAAGGGCGAAAUCUUGGCCUUACUGAAAGCUCUCUUUCUGCCCAAAAGACUCAGUAUAAUUCACUGCCCAGGACAUCAGAAAGGCAAUAGUGCUGAAGCUAAAGGCAACCGAAUGGCGGACCAGGCAGCCCGGGAAGCGGCCAUGGGGACUGACACAAAGGCCUCCUCACUUCUCAUAGAGACCUCAACCCCGUACACUCCAGACUUCUUCCAUUAUACUGAGACAGAUAUAAAGAACCUACAAGAGUUGGGAGCCACAUAUGAUAGAGAGAAAAAAUAUUGGGUCCUGCAAGGUAAACCUGUGAUGCCUGACCAGUUCACCUUUGAAUUAUUAGACUUCCUUCACCAGCUCACCCACCUUAGCUAUCAGAAGAUGAGGGCACUUCUAGACAGGAAAGAAAGCCCCUAUUACAUGCUAAAUAAAGAUAAGAUCCUCCACGAGGUGGCGGAAUCAUGCCAAGCCUGUGUCCAAGUAAAUGCCAGUAAGACUAAGAUCAGGGCCGGAACACGAGUAAGAGGACAUCGACCAGGCACCCAUUGGGAAAUUGACUUUACUGAAGUGAAGCCCGGACUGUAUGGGUACAAGUAUCUCCUGGUAUUCGUGGACACGUUCUCUGGCUGGGUUGAAGCCUUCCCAACCAAACAUGAGACUGCCAAAAUAGUGACCAAGAAACUUCUGGAAGAAAUAUUUCCAAGGUUUGGAAUGCCCCAAGUGUUGGGGACUGAUAAUGGGCCUGCCUUCGUCUCCCAGCUCACUUACAGGCCCUCCAAGCAGUACAACGAGAGGUCUGGAAGCCACUGGCCGCUGCCUAUCAGGACUAGCUGGACCAGCCAGUGAUACCACACCCCUUCCGUGUCGGCGACACCGUGUGGGUACGCCGGCACCAGACUAAGAACUUGGAACCUCGCUGGAAAGGACCCUACACCGUCCUGCUGACCACCCCCACCGCUCUCAAAGUAGACGGCAUCGCUGCGUGGAUCCACGCCGCUCACGUAAAAGCGGCGACAACCCCUCCGGCCGGAACAGCAUCAGGACCGACAUGGAAGGUCCAGCGUUCUCAAAACCCCUUAAAGAUAAGAUUAACCCGUGGGGCCCCCUAAUAAUCCUGGGGAUCUUAAUAAGAGCAGGAGUAUCAGUACAACAUGACAGCCCUCAUCAGGUCUUCAAUGUUACUUGGAGAGUUACCAACUUAAUGACAGGACAAACAGCUAAUGCUACCUCCCUCCUGGGGACAAUGACCGAUGCCUUUCCUAAACUGUACUUUGACUUGUGCGAUUUAAUAGGGGACGACUGGGAUGAGACUGGACUCGGGUGUCGCACUCCCGGGGGAAGAAAAAGGG